AUGCCACCCCCCGCGGACCCGGGAGCCCCCGGGGAAGAGGGGAAGGAGGUGGAGCUCCGCCCCGGCACCCCGGAGGAGACGGAGGCGUACGAGCUGGGGCUGAAGCAGCACUCCUUUAACGAGUGGGCCAGCAGCAAGAUAUCCGUCCACCGCAGUCUGCUGGACCUCAGACAUGAGCUGUGUAUCGAGAAGAAGUACUACCGGCCCCUUCCACAAACCUCGGUCAUCAUCAUUUUCUACAACGAAGCGUGGUCCACCCUGCUGCGCACUGUACACAGCGUGUUAGAGAGGACCCCUAGCGAGCUGCUGCGGGAAGUCAUUCUGGUGGACGACUGCAGCGAUUUCGACCACCUGCAGGCUCCGCUGGAUGAGUACGUGUCCCACCUGCCCGAGGUCCGGGUCAUCCGCAGUCCCACCCGGCAGGGCCUCAUCAGGGCCAGGCUGCUGGGCGUCAAACAUGCCCGGGGGGAGGUCCUGGCGUUUCUAGACUCGCACUGUGAGUGUAUGGAGGGGUGGUUGGAGCCCCUACUGGAGCGUAUCGCCCUGAACCACACCACCGUCCCCUGGCCUGUCAUAGACAUGAUCCGGUGGGACAACUUCGCCUACCUGUUCCAUGGGGUGAAGGGAACACUGAUGGUCGGCGGAGUGGACCUGGUAGACCUGAAGUUUGAUUGGCACAUAGUCCGGCAAAUAGAACUCAACAAGAGGAAGUCUAUCAUCGACCCUAUCAAGUCACCUACCAUGCCUGGCGGUGUGUUCGCCAUCGAUAAGAAAUAUUUCGAACAUCUGGGAGCGUACGACGACGGGAUGGAGAUCUGGGGAGGGGAAAACAUCGAGAUUUCCUUCCGGAUCUGGCAAUGCGGCGGUACCAUCGAGUUGGUGCCCUGUGCUCACGUGGGUCACGUGUUCCGAGUGACGUCACCGUAUCACGCCUCUGUGGACAAGUGGACGAGAAACAACAAGCGGAUGGCGGAGGUCUGGAUGGACGACUACAAGAGCGUCGUCUACAGGAGGCACCCGGAGUACCUGAAGAUUGAUGCAGGAGAUCUGACGUCGCGGAAGAUCCUCCGCAAGGCGCUUCACUGUCGUGACUUCAGCUGGUACCUGCAGAACGUCUACUCUAACGUGUACGUGCCAGAUUUACGGCCGGUCGCACAUGGACAGAUCCAGAAUAAGGAGAACCACAGGUGUCUGGACGCCACUUCAGAUCCCAAAGAACCGCCAAGGCUGGUAGACUGCCAUGGACACGGAGGGAGCCAGUACUGGGAGUUGACCAGGGCCGGGGAGGUUCGUUUGGGGGUGGAGGGGAAACUGUGCCUUCAGACGGCUGUAAUUAAAAAGGUUCCUUCCACUGACAUCAUCACCAAGACAUGCGCACACAGGUUCGCCAAUGACCAACCUUCCAAGCAAGAGAGAUGGGUGCUACAGAACAGCACCGUGCUGUACCACCCGAUGACUGACCGGUGUUUGGAAGAGACGGAGUCUGGUCUGGUCGUGGCGCCGUGCGAGGAUGUGAACAGACAGAGAUGGUUGCUACAGAAUCUAGACUUAUCGUAG